UGUAAGAGCCAAAUACUGCAGCUCUGACUUCAGGUCAGCUUUAGAAGCUGGAGAAAGACGUGUUGUAGAGUUGUAAGUGACCAUGGUUGACAGCAUGGACAUGGAGAGGGAGCAGAAGCGUUACUGCAUCCGCAGUAAGCACGUGGUCAUUAUCUGUGUGACGGUGGUGGUGUGCUCUCUGGCGGUGGGCCUCGGGGUGGGCCUCUCCAGGCCAGGCACCACCACCAUUAUUGCCACCACCACUCCCAGACCCUCCACACCAGCCCCCACAGAGCCCCCCCUGCCUGCCAGAGGGCCCUGUUUGCCUUCCACUAACUCCAACGGGGAUUGGAAGGAUUUCCGUCUGCCCAGCUACGUGAACCCGGUCCACUAUGACCUCCACCUGGAACCAGACCUGGAUGACGACACCUACACAGGCACAGUGGACAUCCACUUGGAGGUCACCAAGCCAACGCGCCAUUUGUGGCUCCACAUUCGGGAGACGUUUGUCAGCAACAUGCCCAGGCUGAGGAUGAGGAACAGCCAGGGGGGGUACACAGAAGUGGCAGUGAGCAGCUGCUUUGAAUACAAAGAUCAGCAGUAUGUGGUGGUGGAGGCCACAGAGGAUCUCCCCGCUACCGCUCCAGAUGAGAUAUAUGUGCUCAGCCUGGACUUCCAGGGCUGGCUCAACGGCUCUGUGGUGGGCUUCUACAGGGUCAUCUACACAGAGAACGGGGAGACCAAAAAGAUUGCUGCGACUGAUCAUGAGCCAACAGAUGCUCGCAAGUCAUUCCCCUGCUUUGAUGAGCCCAACAAGAAGGCAACCUACAACAUCUCCAUCACCCACGAUGCUCAGUAUGGAGCUCUGUCCAACAUGCCGCUUGAGGGCAAGCCUCAAGACCUGCCUGGCAACAAAAAGAAGACCUCCUUCCAGAAAUCCAUUCCAAUGAGUACCUACUUGGUUUGUUUUGCUGUGCACCGGUUUACCUUCGUGGAAAGAUUUUCAGCCCGAGGAAUUCCUUUGAGAAUCUACGCCCAGCCAAGUCAGAUAGCAACUGCUGAGUAUGCAGCCAACACAACCAAGAUCAUCUUUGACCACUUUGAGGAUUAUUUCAACAUGCCAUACUCCAUCCCAAAACUGGAUAAGAUAGCCAUCCCUGACUUUGGUACUGGAGCCAUGGAGAACUGGGGCCUGAUCACCUACCGGGAGACCAACCUGCUGUAUGAUGAGAACCAGUCCUCGUCCUACAACAAGCAGCGAGUGGCCAGUGUUAUCGCCCACGAGCUGGUUCACCAGUGGUUUGGAAACAUUGUGACAAUGGACUGGUGGGAUGACCUCUGGCUGAAUGAGGGCUUUGCCAGUUUCUUUGAGUACAUUGGUGUGGAGGAAGCUGAGCCAACCUGGGGCAUGCGAGACAUUAUGAUUAUCAGUGAUGUGCUUCCUGUCAUGGUGGACGACGCCCUCCUCUCCUCUCACCCCAUCAUUGUGGAUGUGUCGAACCCAGAUGAGAUCACCUCUGUGUUUGAUGCCAUCUCAUAUAGCAAGGGAGCGUCCAUUCUCAGGAUGUUGGAGGAUUGGAUGGGGAAAGAAAAAUUCAGAGACGGCUGUCGAAAAUAUUUGAAAGACUACUACUUCCUGAACGCCAAAACAGCCAACUUCUGGGCAUCUCUCGCCAGUGUUAGUGGGUUGCCAGUUGCAGAUGUAAUGGAUACAUGGACCAAACAAAUGGGUUAUCCUGUGGUGGACCUAUCUGUCUCAGAGACUAAUGCCACACUGAGCCAAAAGCGCUUCCUACUGGAUCCUAAAGCUGAUGCCAACGAGCCUCCUUCACCUUUUGGGUACAAGUGGACAAUUCCAGUCAAAUGGCACUCUGUGAACAGUGACAAAAAUAUUUCGUUUAUAUUUGACAAGAACAUUAAAGAUCAUUUCAUCGCGGACUAUACACCCUCAGUGGACGGGCUGCUGAAGGUUAACAACGAUCACAUUGGCUUUUACAGAGUCAACCAUGAUGACCUCAUGUGGGACGCUAUCAGUCAACAGCUUCAAGACAAGCACUUGGAGUUUGAUGCAGCUGACCGCACAAGCUACAUUGAUGAUGUUUUUGCUUUUGCAAGGGCAGAUAUUAUAGAUUAUGGUAAUGCCUUCAAUCUUACCAAGUACCUGACCAAUGAGACGGACUACAUAGUGUGGAACCGAGUGGCCUCCUCUAUCGCCUAUGUUCGGGACAUGCUGGCAGGCAGCGAUGUCUACCCGAGGUUUCAGAAACUGUUUGGUGGCCAUGUUAAAGCAAUCACAGCACAACUUGGAUGGAAUGAUAUUGGAACACAGACAGAGAGGUUACUGAGGGAGACUGUGCUCAGCAUCGCUUGUCAGAUGGAAGAUAAGGGGGCUCUGGAUGAAGCUUCGCGCAUUUUUGACCAGUGGAUUGAUGGAAGUCUCAGCAGUGUGGCAGUGAACCUGAGACUGCUGGUGUAUCGAUAUGGCAUGAAGAACUCAGGCACCGAGGAAAAGUGGAACACAAUGUUCCAGAGAUACAAAGAUACUUCACUGGCUCAGGAGAAGGACAAGCUGCUCUACGGACUGGCCUCUGUGGACAACGUGAAACUCCUCUACAAGCUCCUGGAAGCUACUAAAGAUGAGAGUGUGGUGAGGAGUCAGGACCUGUUCACUGUGGUGCGAUACGUGUCCUUGAACCCUCUGGGGCAGGACAUGGCCUGGGACUGGACCACCCUCAACUGGGACUACCUGGUCAACAGGUACACCAUCAAUGACAGGAACCUUGGUCGCCUACUGACUCGAAUCAGCACAACCUACAACACAGAGCUGCAGCUGUGGAAGAUGGAGCAUUUCUUCAGUUUAACACCAGACGCAGGUGCUGGGGAGAUGGCCAGGAAGCAGGCGCUGGAGACAGCCAGGAACAACAUCGAGUGGAUCAGGAGUAAUGAGAAGGAGAUCAGGGACUGGCUGGAGAACAACGUUGAACCACUGUGAAACACUACAGGCAUGCUGGACCUGUACAGGAGGCUGAUUAUCUGAAUCAACAUCGGAAAAUCAAAAAUCAAAAUUAAGAAUGACAUUCUUAAGUGUCUACAUUCCAAUUUCAGUUUAUUAAGCAGUGUGUGUUUGGGGGGCUUUUCUUAAGCAUCCAGAACAUUCACUCCACUGCUGUCACCUGUCCGGUCAUUGUCCUCCUAAUAUGAACUGAUCCUGAUCAUUAUUGAUACUCAUCCUGUGCUGAAGGAAGCAUCAGAUGCCCAUUUUUCUUUCACUCCCUAGUUCUACCGUCAAUCAUUUUCGCUAAAUUUUUAAUCUUGUGCUCAUCAUGAACUUGUAUCUCUACAGCCCCUUCUCCUCGCUGUACUGCAAAUAUUUUUUAUUACAAAUUCUCCAAUAUAUUUUUUGUAAAUUUUUAACUUGUGUGAGUUUUUUUUGUGGCAGCACUCAUGAUUGUCAUAUAUAACAGGAUGAUGCAUUCUGCCUAAUCCAGAAACAAUAAAUACACACCUCUCUGUGAGUGUUCGCUCAUUUGCAUUUGUGAGUAAUGACAGAAAUCGAGGAGUAUUUAGUUGUUGGGGAAAAGAUGUUUAAUUAUUAAUAUUUACUAACUAUUACCUUUAUUUCAUGUGUUUCAUUCAUAGGAAAGGACUGUAGUAUAUUAAACUACACAACAGUACUGAAACUCCACCUCACUCAUGUACAACAUUAAAAUGCUACUUACAUGUUAAUGCAUUGAUUAUAAAUAUAACAUAGGCCUAAUAUUUAAAUACUGACAGAAGGUAUCAUGUGUGUCUAAUUUUUAAUGUAUUCUGCCCUACAAAGUCUAACUGCAGUAACUACAUAAAAGGUAAAAACGUUUUUUAACUGGCCAGCCAAAUUGGUUAUAUGUAGAUACGUGAUAUGACACUUAUUUCUACAUGUAUUGAUGAUGUCAUUUUUAUGCUCAAAAAUCAUGAUGAUUUAUUUGACCUUUGACCCCAAAAAAUUAAGUUACUGCACUCUAGUUUUGCUGUAAAAGGUUCUAAUAGUAAUGAUAAACAGAGUGCAGUAACUAUAAUGUUGUUGUCUUCUUUCAGCUUUUAUAUUUUGUUUUCAGUGAAUAAACAUUUUCAAAUUGAUUUUGUUAUCAGUGUAUUUAAAAGUGUUUGACAACUAUUCAAAGAUCUGUGUAUUUUAGACUUAGUAUCAUUUUAUCUCACUUUUUUUACUUCAUCACUAUCUAGAUAAUAAUUUCCCUUUGAAAUAAACAUAUAAUUUCUAUUAUUUUUAUGUUUAGAUUAGUAUAUAUAUCCAAAGCAGACUGUGGUAAGUGCAAUUACUGCUUGGUUUUGAGUUGGAUUUUGUGUUUUUUAUAUAAUUAUUUCUCUGAAAUAAAGCAAAAUUGAAAUUAAAACUUUGUCACAAGAUAAAACAGACAUCAAGGAGUUCAUUUUUAGUUAUAACUCAAUUUUGACCAAAAAUGUAGUUACUGCAGUUAGACUUUGUAGGGCAGUGAAGUACCUUAGUAUAUUUAGUAAAACAUCUAUAUGUAUGUCUGUCUAUCUACAUAUCCAUAUAGCAUAUAGCAUAAUGUUAUCUGGGGAAAUUUAUGUAUGCAUAUUUAUGUCCAUACUGUAGAUGCAGUGAGGAAAGCAUUAGUGUGUGCAAAAUUAAAGGCUUUUGGUGCAACAAGUCACAAAUGUGAAGCCACAAGUGAACAGUUCAAAGCAUUUCUGCUUCCAGAGUCUCUUGUAUGUUUGAUGUAA